UAACUUAUUGCACCAGUGCAACAGUGCAGCUAGAAAGAACAGACCAAUAGUCACGUGAUGUCUUUUGACGCUAAAAAUGAGCGUCAAGCGUCAGCGUGAAAAGGCACCUUAACUCUGACCGUCGCGCGUCGGUUCGUCUAACCGUGUGGUUGGUGAAAUUGGCCCGUGUUUAUAAGUUAACAUGCGUAAUUUAUGAAACUUAGUUACGUUACACCUAUAAACCAUUUUAAAAGAUACACAUAAUAUAUUAUGCUUGAAAAUUUACAAAAUCUGGCAAUUAUUUUUAAUUACUUAUUUUUCCAGAUAAUAAUAAAGAGAUAUAUUUACACAUGCAGGAUAUGGUAGAUUUUAAAGAAAUUAAUAAGUUCAGAAAUACAAAAAUGGAAAUUGAAUUAAUAAAUAAGAAUUAUGACAUUAAUUGUAAUGAUCAUAAUUCUGAUGACAUUGAGUAUGUAUAUUGCAAAACCAAAUUUUAUCAUAAACUUUUAUUUCUCUGAGAACUAGUUGUUUGGUUUUAAGCAAGAUUUAAACAUAUGUCUAUCUUUAUCUUUUUCUUUAAUAAAUAACUAAGAUAUGACAGACAUAUUUAAGUCUUACUUUAAAUUAAAAUGAAGUUUAUUUUGUGUAACCAGGCUUAAGUUUUAUUCAUGAAAAUUAUUUAUCAAUUGUUUCCAGUGAUCCAUGUGAAAUAGAAGAACUGUCUUUAGAGUCUUGUUCAGAAUAUAUGGUCUCAAAUGCUACUGUAGACAUUUCAAAUUGUAAACAAAUUAAGGAUAUAUUAUCACAUCACUCAAAAGAUGCAGAAAACAACAUGCUUCACACUGUGGAUAUUCAAUCUAAGAAAACAACUAAUAAUCAAUCAAAAAUACUUAAUAAAGAAGAAACGAAACGAUUAAAACAAGUAAGUCUUGUUUGGAAAUAUUUUGAAAAAAAUUUAAAGAAUUUAACUGCUCGUUGUAUCUUGUGCAAUAAAAGUAUUAAACAUUGUGGGAAUACCUCAAACAUGAAGCAACAUUUAACUAGAAAACAUGAAAUAUUAUGGUCUGCUAAUCAUAGAAAAAAUGACACUAAUAGUGUUCAAUCAGAUACUAAUAUACUUGACAAAACUAAAGAAAAGAAAAUCUAUAAUAAGGUAAUAAAUUAAAACGGCAAUUAAAGAAUAAAUAAUCAAUUUCAUCAUAAUUAAAACAUUUUGUAGACAAAAAAAACAAAAAUUAAAGAUGCAUUUGACCGAGAAAUGUCUUUCAUGGGUAUGUCUUAAAUUAUUACUUAAAAUAUAUUUACACAUUUUAUUGUAAAUUUCAGAAUUAAAAAUUCUGUUUUAUUGUUCUAGAUAGUGGUUGUAAAUCUGAUAGAAUCACAAAUACUAUUUUAUACAUGCUUGCAGUUGAUAAAAUGCCACUAUCAACAGUCGAAAAUAAAGGUUUUAAAAAAUUAAUGAAAACAAUUGUGCCUCUGUAUAAAGUUCCAAGCAGGAGGACAGUAACUAGACUGCUUGAAGAUCGAUAUAAGACAUUAAAAAAUAAUUUUAUAGCUAAAAUCGACAGAGCUAUUUGUUACAGUCUUACUUGUGAUAAUUGGACUGACAUUACUAAUCAAAGUUACCUUGGUGUGACUAUUCACUAUCUAACAGAUGAAUUAAAAAUGAAGAGUGGCUGUAUUGGUGUUUUCCCUUUAUACAAAAAUCAUACUGCUGAAUAUCUCGCAAAAUCUUUAAAUACAAUUAUCAAAGAAUUUAAAUUAAAUUGUUCAAAAAUUACAGCGAUUAUCACAGACAGUGCAGCAAACAUAAAACUGGCGAGAGAAAAAACAGUGGGAAAGUAUAAACAUUUAGCUUGUUUUGCGCAUAUUUUGUCGCAUCUUGUACCGGACGCAUUAACCAGCAUGUCUGAUGCUCAAGAAAUUAUUCAUAAAGUAAAAAAGAUUGUCACCACUGUAAGGAAAAGCAUUGUUGCAUCAGAUGAACUAAAAAACUUACAGCUUCGUGAUGGAAAAACAGAAGGAACUGUAUUAAGAUUCAUACGAGACGUUCCAACGCGUUGGAAUUCUACACUAUAUAUGUUAGACAGAUUUCUUGAGUUAGAAAAGUACGUUUACCCUGUGAUACUAAAAUGUGAGAAACCUUUGGAUAUGUUAAGACAUGACGAAAUCAAAACAUUAAAAGAAAUGAUAUCUAUUAUGAGACCAAUCGAACGUGCUAUCACAGAAAUUAGUGGAGAAGCAUAUCCAACGUGUAGUAUUAUUAUCCCUCUAGUGCGUUGUAUGAAUGUUACAAUUUAUUUUAACAAACCUGAUACACAAAUUGGAAUUACAUUUAAAGAAAAAUUACAAUCGGCAAUCAACAAUCGAUGUAAAAAUUUUGAAAAUAAUAAAAUAAUGAGCAUUGCAACCAUACUGGAUCCUCGUUUUAAAAAAUUACACUUUGAAAAAUCUUUAGCCGCUGCAACUGCAGUACAGCAUAUUGAAUCGGAUUUAAAAAAAUAUAGAACAUUGAAGGAUCCACAAAUAGAUAGAGAGUUAAAUACUGAAAUGACUGUUAGGCAAUACAGUAAUUUAUGGGAUUUUCACGACAAUUUAGUAGCCAAAAAUAAUAACUGUACAGAAGAAUUAAAUGAAGUGAAACAAUAUUUAAAGCAACCCAUUAUUGAUCGAAAAGAAGAUCCAUUUGAAUAUUGGAAAUCCAUGAAUCAUAUUUUUCCAUCUUUAUAUCAUGAAGCAGUGAGAUACAUUAGUACAUUGGGUACUUCAGUUCCAUCAGAAAGAAUCUUCUCUCAAGCUGGUGAUAUAAAAAAUGAUGACCGAAGUAGAUUAACCGGCGAACAUUUAAAUAUGUUAUUAUUUCUCAGUUCGCUUACUGACGAAGAUUGGGCGUUGGAAUAAAAGUAUAAUAAAAUUUUCCACUGGAGGGGAAAACUAAUUCCAUUAAUUGAGUAAAAAUUUGUUAUUCAUAAGAUUUAAGAAUAAGUUUUUAACUCAUUUGCAAUUAAUAUUAAGAAUAUAAGUUUUUAACUUGUGUGCAAUUUAUGCUAAACGUAUUAUAUGUGUUAUAUUGUUUUAAGAUUAAAAUAAUACAUAAGUUUGUUUAAACACUGAGCAAAAUAUAGAUUAGCUCGUAAAUAUUAAUACCGUUAUUAUUUCUUAGGUCGCUUAUUAUCAAAGACUGAAUAUUAAAAUAAACAUAAUCUUAAUUUUUUUAUCUCAGUAAUAUAUUUUGUCGAUGACAUAGUUCUAUUAAAUAAUUUUAAAUAUAUUAUUUCUAAUGUAUUUGUUGUUUCAUUAAUUAAAUACUGUAUAAAAUACAUGUCUUGUUAAAACAUUGCAUCUGUUCUUUAAUUCUUAAAUUUUUAUUAAUUCCAUAUUUAUUUCAAAUAAUCUAAAAACAUCGUAAGAUUACAUUAAAUAUUUUAUUAAAUAUUGGAUAUCAUUUGUAAAAUAUUAAAUGUAAGUGUGAAUCUCUCAUAAGACUAAUUAAUACACAUUUGUCACACAAUACAUUUUUCAAGCUUGUUAACUGACUAUGAAAAGAAAAUGAUAAAAAUAGACAAUUAUAAGGUUUUGAUUAAUAAAAUUACAAAAUAUAAUAAA